AUGACAGACGUUGCGGCCCUAGAGGCUGAAGUCAAGGAGUUUAAGCUUCAGCUUGAAACUGUUCAAUCUAGUUUGCAGGUAGACCCAGAUAACACGGAAUUGCAAAGUCUCAAAGCUGAGCUGGAAGAACUUAUAACCCUCACUGAACAAUCAAUCGCCGAACUCAAACCUACCACUCAGCCAUCCAGCGAACCGGCCCGAUCGAAAGGCCCUAGAGACGACUAUGCAUCAAAACCCAAUUAUCGAGCCCCAGCAGCCGAGCAAGCAGAUGAGACCCCCGCUCCCGCUUCGUUCUCUGUGAAUGAGAAUGUGCUUGCGCGCUGGGUGUCAGGCGACAACUCAUACUACCCGGCUCGCAUCACAUCCAUAACCGGUUCUUCGAGCAAUCCCGUCUACAUCGUCUCAUUCAAGUCGUAUGGGACAGUAGAAUCUUUAACUUCGAAAGACCUUAAACCCAUUUCCAACAGUGACUCGCGAAAACGCAAGGCUGAUGGAAGCCCAGGCAGUUCCUCAAACCACUCCCCAGUUCCUCAAACUCCCAGCGCCAGCGUUAUUUCGGCGGCAGCAGAUAUAAACCCCGCAUUGGCCACCCAGGCCCGUAAAGAGCCCAGCAAGCCUAGCGAUGGUUCCGCGCGCCCUACCAAAUCUUCGCGGAAGGUCAAAGCCAACAAGGAGCUUGAGGCGGGUAAGAGCAAGUGGAAGGACUUUGCCAGCAAGACCAAAUAUGGAAAGAAGGAAAGCAUGUUCAGAACUGGUGAUAGUGUCAACGCUCGAGUGGGCUUUACAGGGUCCGGUCAACAGAUGCGCAAAGAUCCUACACGGUCGCGGCACGUUUAUCAGCAAGGCGAGGAGGACGCAUACUGA